AUUAUUCAUUGUGGGCAUCUACCUCUCUUCCUCUUUGCCUUCACAGCGAGAGAGAGAGAGAGAGAGAGAGAGAGAGGAGAAGAGAAGAGAAGGUCAUCAAUGGAGACGGCCAUUUGCAGCCGAGUUGCCCUUCCUGCUAAUCACGUUAUCAAUUCCAAGCCAGGCGAUAGGCUGUCUUCUUACAAGGGUCAGGGUCGUGGUAUUCCAGUUACAGUAUCGGCAACUGGACCAGGCAAAGGAGGUGGGUUGUUGGAAAGGCCAACCAUUGAGAAAACUACUCCUGGUCGGGAAUCUGAGUUUGAUUUGAGGAAAUCUAGGAAAACAGCGCCUCCAUAUCGUGUAAUGUUACACAAUGACAACUUCAACAAGCGCGAGUAUGUCGUCCAAGUUUUGAUGAAGGUUAUCCCCGGAAUGACUCUUGAUAAUGCUGUGAAUAUCAUGCAAGAAGCCCAUUACAAUGGCCUCUCAGUAGUCAUUAUUUGUGCUCAAGCUGAUGCAGAGGAGCAUUGCAUGCAACUUAGAGGCAAUGGUCUUCUAAGUUCCAUUGAGCCUGCAAGUGGAGGUUGUUGAAGUUUUUGAUUUACCUUUCAAUUACUAUCAUCUAUGUCUUUAGAUCCUAGAGAUCUCCUUAUAUGUACAUACUUCAUCUAUAAUCUAUUGCAAUAGAAGACUUGAUGUAUAGUAAUAACCACUCUGUCCUUGGUUCAUGCACGUUGUUACAAUCCAGUGCAUUAGUGAUUUAGUGUUAUUGCUAUUAAUUAAAAGAUUUGGUAUU